AAAGAUUCCUGAUCUGAGACCCGACCUGAAAGGAGAGGAUAAGAUCAGGGAGCCAGGCGUCUUGGGAACACAGGUCUGGACACCCCUGAGAAGCCAUCAGUGCUCCAACUUCCGUCUAAGACUUAGCCACGGUGAGGGGAGCAAAAGAGCCUGAAAUUGGAAGGCUGUCCAAGGAAUAUACAGAGGGAAGCUGUUUGGGGAACUUGAGCUAUUCAGAAGAUGGCAACCAAGCCAACAGAGUCCAUCACAAUCCUCAGCCUUCAGAAAUUGAGCCUGGGGACCGCUGAGCCACAGGUUAAAGAGCCAAAGACAUUCACCGUGGAAGAUGCAGUGGAGACCAUUGGCUUCGGGCGUUUCCACAUUGCCCUCUUUCUCAUCAUGGGCAGCACUGGGGUUGUUGAGGCCAUGGAGAUCAUGUUGAUAGCUGUUGUGUCUCCUGUCAUCCGCUGUGAAUGGCAACUGGAGAACUGGCAGGUGGCAUUAGUAACCACAAUGGUGUUUUUUGGCUACAUGGUUUUCAGCAUCCUCUUUGGCCUCCUGGCUGACAGAUAUGGCCGCUGGAAGAUCCUGCUCAUCUCGUUCCUGUGGGGAGCCUAUUUCUCCUUGCUGACCUCGUUUGCUCCUUCGUACAUCUGGUUUGUCUUCCUGCGGACGAUGGUGGGCUGUGGUGUGUCCGGCCACUCACAGGGGUUAAUCAUAAAGACUGAAUUUUUGCCCACGAAAUACCGAGGCUAUAUGUUACCCUUGUCUCAGGUGUUCUGGCUUGCGGGCUCGCUGCUCAUCAUUGGCCUGGCCUCUGUGGUCAUCCCCACCAUCGGAUGGCGCUGGCUCAUCCGCAUCGCCUCCAUCCCAGGCAUCAUCCUCAUCAUGGCCUUCAAGUUUAUUCCUGAAUCUGCCCGGUUCAAUGUCUCCACUGGAAACACUCGGGCUGCCCUGGCCACUCUGAAUCACAUUGCCAGGAUGAACCGCUCAGUCAUGCCGGAGGGGAAGCUGGUGGAGCCCGUCCUGGGAAAAAGAGGAAGAUUUGCAGACCUAUUGGAUGCUAAAUAUUUACGGACCACGUUACAGAUCUGGGUCAUAUGGCUUGGAAUCUCUUUUGCCUACUAUGGGGUUAUCCUGGCCAGUGCUGAGCUGCUGGAGCGGGACUUGGUCUGUGGUUCGAAGGCAGACUCUGAGGUGGUGGUGACUGGGGGUGACUCAGGGGAGAGCCAGAGCCCCUGCUACUGCCACAUGUUUGCACCCUCUGACUAUCGAACCAUGAUCAUCAGCACCAUCGGUGAAAUUGCUCUGAAUCCUUUAAAUAUCCUGGGCAUCAAUUUCCUGGGAAGACGGCUGAGUCUUUCCAUUACCAUGGGAUGCACGGCUUUAUUCUUCCUUCUCCUCAACACUUGCACUUCAAGUGCCGGCCUGAUUGGCUUCCUCUUCAUGCUGAGGGCUCUGGUAGCUGCAAACUUCAACACUAUCUACAUUUACACAGCUGAGGUCUACCCCACCGCUAUGCGUGCUUUGGGGAUGGGAACCAGCGGCUCCCUGUGUCGCAUUGGUGCAAUGGUGGCGCCAUUUAUAUCCCAGGUUCUUAUGAGUGCUUCAGUACUGGGGGCCCUGUGUCUCUUCUCAUCUGUCUGUGUUGUAUGUGCCAUUUCUGCAUUUACUCUCCCCAUUGAAACCAAAGGACGGGCCCUCCAGCAAAUUAAAUGAAGACCUGCAAAGCUGUCUACCAGAUGAGAAAAAUGAAUUCUAUCUUCAGAACUGCGGUGCAUUUUUUAAAACUUGGUUUUACUUCUGUAUGCUACUUGGUAAUUAGUAAAGUGAUUUUUUUUUUUAAAAGGCAUAUAUGGGAAUGGGGUAGGUAACUAUAUUGAUCUCUUCCUUGAGGGACAAUAUAUAAAGCACUUUUAUAAAAUAUAACUUAAGCUUUCAAAGGGGUGUGAAAGGGAGAUGGUGGCGGGAAGAUGGCUUUUAUUCCCUGAAAUCAAGUCUGUAAACCUUUAUAUGAAUAAAUACUAAAUUUUAAACUUA